ACAGCAGCUUCCAUGAGUUUUAAGGGAAAGAAUGGCUAAUGUAGGGGAGCAAUAUUAAAUGGCAGACUGAGAAAAGGAAAGAGAAUGGAGAAAACCAUAAAGGAAAGUGGGACUAAAGAUGAGGAGGAUGAUCAGAAGGAGAAUUGCUAGCUAUUAUAUAAUAGAAACAAGUGAGGGAAGAAAAGAAAUAUGCAAGACACAGUGACAGAUGCUGGAAAAGCAUUUUUCUCCAUUUUGUCAAACUUAUAGUACUAGACUCUAGGGAAACCUGCUGAAAAUGACAUUUACCUUCUCCAUUCUAAACCCGGUGGGGGAGGUUGGGGAGUCUCAAGCCCCCUGACUAGUCCUAGCAGACACCCCGGCAUAAUGUAAUCUUUGGGAGUCCGGCUUUUUAGUAGUUUGCACCUGUUGCUGAAUGUGUACCUCUAUAGGGAUUCCCCUGUACUAAGCACAAUUCAGCAGGAACUGCCCGGAUGGACAAACUCAUCACCUGCCUCUAUCGACGACCCAGCGCAACAACAAGAUUAAUAUGCUUCCCAUGGGCUGGAGGGGGAUCAAUCUAUUUUGCACAAUGGGCCAGGCUGUUUGAUGACUCAAUAGAAGUGUACUCUGUAAGGCUUCCUGGAAGAGAAUCACGUUCCCAAGAAGCUUUUGCUCAGACGAUGGACCAAAUAGUCAAUGAAGUAACAAAUACUUUGCUGCCAAAGCUACAUGAAAAAGAAUUUGCAUUUUUUGGCCACAGCUUUGGCGCUUUCACUAGUUUUGCUACAGCAGUGACGCUUAAGCAGAAGCACAAUCUGGAGCCUGUCCAUCUUUUUGUGUCUGGAGUAUCAGCCCCACAUUCCGAAUCUAGGUCUUCUGUGGUAAAAAAAUCUGAGCUGAGCGAUGAGGAGUUUUUAAGGUAUAUGUCCGAAGCAGGAGGAACGCCCAAGGAAAUCUUGCAGAACAAGGAUGCCCUGCAGAUGUUUAUUCCCCCACUCAGAGCUGAUCUCAGGGUUGUUGAGAACUUCAUCUAUGACAAGCCAGCAAGCCCUGUCCUUUCCUGUGGACUUACCUGUUUUGAUGGCACAGAGGACAAUCCACAUGAUUUAGAUGCAUGGAAAGACCUUACAAGUGGAGAUUUCAACAUACACAAAUUACCCGGAGGCCAUUUCUACUUAAAGGAUCCUGCAAAUGAAAAGCAGCUUGUGAAGUAUAUAACAAAGUAUUUAGAAACUGCUGAAAUGGAUUAUUUGUGAAUUUUGCUGACACAGAGCCAUUUUCAGCAUUCAUAUUACGAAGGAAAGAAGAUACUAAAUGUUUAGUGUUAUUUCAACAGCUUUCUCUUACUUGCAAGCGUAUUUAUAAAUGUCUUCAUUAUCUGCAAUAUAAACAUAUUUUAUUAAACGAAUUUUCAUUUUUGCUGUAUUGUAAGAUUAAAAGGAGAAGAUUGGCAUUAAUAUAAUCUUUUGGUGUUGUGUAUACUGUAAGGGGAAUAUACAGUUUACAAUGCUGUGAAUAUACAGCAAGGUACAUGGAUUAAUAAGUGAGCGUUGAGUUGGCCAUGCACCUGAAGAUCUGCUCAUUGGAGAGGUGCCUUGAUUUGGCCACCGAUAUGAUGCCAUUUCCUAACCCAAGUGACAGUUAUAUGAGCAGUAUUUCAGAUACGAUUAACUCCCGGAAAUAGCAGUCCCCUCAAUUUAUUUAGCUAAAAGUGCUCUGAAACAUAAGGCAAAAUGGCAUCUUAGAUAGAACGGUUCUAAAUUAAUAGAGACUAGGAAAUUAUUUAUUUUUUUUUUUUAACAAUUCUUUUAUUGAGUUUGAAUGUACAUAUUUUGCAGUAUUUUACAAUCCAAUGACUUUUGUUUAUUGUACAAUAGGUAAAUAAAACCAAAUUAACAAUUUAACA